GGGCUGACGUGAACGCAAAAGCUUUACCGUUUUCUCAUCUCAUUUGCCCUUUUUUGUGUAACGUAGAAAGAGAAUCUCUCCCCGAGAAUCUUCUCGGAAAAUUACCACCAUUCCCCGAUACCUACGUCUCCCCUCUUCUCUCUCUGCUAUUUGUUUUACUUCUGCGCCUCUGCUACUCCGUCUCACCGGCCUGGUUCUUUCCCUUUCCAGAUUUCUUUUGUGCCAGAAAGCCCAGAAGAAGAAAUAUGGCAAAUUCCGGCGAUCCAGAUCUCAGAAUCUAUGAAGAAACUGUCACUCCUCUUUCUUCUUCGUCAGCCCAAUUUACUUUUGCAGAUUUUCCUGAAGAUGUUCAGCUCUGCAUCCUCUCCUUUUUGACAUCCUCAGAGAUUUCCUCUUUUACCUGCACUUCGAAGCGUUUCCGAUUUCUCUGCCGAAGUGACGGCAUGCUCUGGUUUUCCAUGUGCCACAGGAGAUGGGGCUCCAAGACCCACAUCUCGAAAUGGGGAAACGGUAGAAUCGGAUUUAAGCUGCUUUACAAGACCCUCUACCAGUGGGAGAACUUGAUCGGUUUCUGGCGUGGGAUUCGACAGGCAAGCAGCAUCGGCGUCACCACCCCUCCUCCUCGGCUUGUUUUCUUCGAAUGGGGCCCCUCCUUCGUAACCGGUUACAGGGUUUCGCCUUCCAAAACCGGUACUUACCAGGUCGUUAAGACACCCUUUCUGUGGAUGGGGCUGUCGCCGAGUGGCCAGCCCUUAAUUUUUCUGGACCAGGAUUGCCGCUUUGAGUCGUUGGGGGAUUUCGUUAGGGUAGCCCAAUCGGGGUUGCCCGAUGCGGAUUUGAUUCCUGUGCACGUCAGCUUCAUGGGUAAGAGCCAUUUUGUUUUGGAGGAAAACCUAGGCUUUGUUUCCGAAGGAUCAUUACUAAGGAAGAUGGGUUACCGGCGGAGUUCCACCGCUAAUAUUAGUGGUACCUUGUGCACUAGUUUGUGUGGAGGUCUGGGAGGAGAUGACCCAAGUGGAAUUGGGGAUGAUGUCAACGUGAUUGGUUUGGAGAGUACAUCUCCAUCGCACUCUCCUAUAAGUGGGAGCCCCCCGGACAUGAUGUCGGAGAUUUAUCAGUUCUAUGCCAACCGUACGAUCCCCGGUAGUGGGGAUAGAUCCUCUAGGAGACAGAGGAAGAAGGGAAAGGAAAGACUGGGAAGGCGGAAAUGGGAAACUGAGCAUUUCGUAAAGAUAAACUGCACCCCCACACAGUCGCGUCCUUUGCAGGGCCUCUGGAAGGGUUUUUGUGAUGACUUGAGCUUGGAAUUUUACCUCGUGGCUUAUGAUGACAUUGGGGGAAUUACUUGCCGUAAAAUUGGGGAUGCAUCUGAACCUUCUUCUGGCUGUUCUCUAGUUUUCUGGACAUCAGACACUGCUUUUAUUGACUCCCCAUUCUCCACUGAAGAAGAAGAGUUAUACGAAGGCCGUGUACAUAUCAGGCCUCCUGAUGCAGAUGCAGAUGCAGAUGCAGAUGCAGCUAAUCACAUCCAUGGGUGCCUCUUGGAAAACGAUGUGGUUUCAUGCAUACUCAACAUUAACUUAAGUUAUGAUCUGGUGAUUCCAGAUUUAACUGGAUCUUCUGCAAACCCUCGGCAUGUCGAGGGAAGGGUUUGGCGAUACACAGAUGGGACUUUUGGGUUUGGAUUUCUUCGCAACAAUGUCAUUAUUGAUUUGAAGCAUAUUGCUUUAGAUGAUUGCCUUCUUGAUACAACAGAAUGUUAUUGGAAUUGAUUUCCUUCUGGUUUGGGAUUUGUGUACAGAGAAACUGAUCAGUUAUGACUAGGCUGGAAUUGUAUUGUAAUUUGUGCAUGUCAUGACAAUACACUGCUUACUCCUUGUAGGCUAUGAAAUUCACAUAAUAUUUUAGAAGGAUAGUCAAUGGGUUUGGUACCCAUGCUAUCUAUAUCUGAUUUUUCUCAUGUUUGCAAAA